GAUAUAUUAAGCCUUCAUUUGUUAACUUUGUCUUUGCUGUAGGAAAGGCAUGGUAUUGUUGGUUAUGUUUUGAUUCUGGAAAUACAUUUUGCGUGGAUCUUAUAUUUAUAUAUAUUUUUUGAAGAGUAUUUUAAGUCACAAUGCCAAAAACAAAGUCGACCACGAAAGCCCCCCGGAAGGAGGGGUUCAACCGCUCUGCGCACAGCAUGAAUCCAGAGAGGAAAACGGAAGGUCUUAAAGGGGUAGCCAAGGUAAGGACAAAGUCCACUAUCAAGCGGCUGCAGAUGUACAGAAAUUUCAAGGCAAAACGAGACAAAACAGGCAAGAUCAUAUCCCCAGCUCCAUUCCAAGGAAAAUUAUCAUCAGGUACAGUUGCUCGCGUUGAACCAAACCAAAAAUGGUUUGGAAAUUCUCGUGUAAUUACCCAGAAUGCACUCCAGAGGUUCCAAGAAGCCAUGGGUGAAGCAAUGAAGAAUCCAUAUCAGGUUGUCAUGAAACCAUCUAAACUGCCCAUAACAUUAUUGAAUGAAAAAGCAAAGAAUGCUAGAGUUCACGUCUUAGAUACUGAAAGCUUUGGCAGUGUUUUUGGCCCAAAGAAACGCAGAAAGAGGCCGAACCUGGCAACGACAGAUCUGAAUGAGCUGAACACGACCGCUGAAAAGCUCAUGGGCAAUUACUCUGAUGAGAAAGAUCAUGAUUUGGUGAGGGAUGAUGGUGGUGUUAGAGAUAUAGCUCGUGAAGCAAUCAUGUCUGCUGGACAAAGCAAACGUAUUUGGAAUGAGCUAUACAAGGUUAUUGAUUCGUCAGAUGUCAUCUUGCAGGUCCUUGAUGCCAGAGAUCCAUUGGGGACACGUUCUUCUCAUAUUGAAACGUUCAUCCGAACAGAGAAGCCUCAUAAACAGUUGAUAUUUAUAUUGAACAAGGUUGAUUUGGUUCCAAACUGGGUUACGCAGAGGUGGGUUGCAAUUCUUAGUGCUGAAUUUCCGACUGUGGCUUUCCAUUCUUCUAUGACGCAUCCAUUUGGUAAGGGAUCGUUGAUCAACAUAUUACGGCAGUUUGCUAAGCUACAUGCAGAUAAGAAACAGAUAAGUAUUGGGUUUAUUGGGUACCCAAAUGUUGGCAAGAGUUCUAUCAUAAAUACUCUCAGGUCCAAGAAGGUGUGUAAAGUGGCACCAAUUGCCGGGGAGACCAAAGUGUGGCAGUACAUCACGUUGAUGCGUCGUAUUUACCUUAUAGACUGUCCUGGGGUUGUGUAUCCAUCCGCAGAAACCGAUGCUGAUAAGGUACUAAAGGGCGUUGUCAGAGUUGAACUUGUAAAGGAUCCAGAAGAUUACAUCCCCUAUGUCUUGGAGCGAGUGAAGAAGGAGUACUUGGAAAAAACAUACCGUGUCACUGAUUGGGAUACUGCCACUUCUUUCCUAGAGAAACUGGCUGCAAGAACAGGCAAGCUGUUGAAAAAAGGAGAACCAGAUAUUGUAGCUGUUUCCAAGAUGGUUCUCAAUGAUUGGCAGAGGGGAAAGCUGCCAUUUUACGUGUCACCUCCAGGAUUUGAGACUCCACUUUCUUCUGUUGCGAGCAACCCAGUUGGUGAAGCGAGUACACAAAUGGCUGUCAGCUCAAGCGACAACAAAGUUUCAAGUGUUGAAACAAUUCAUGAGGAGAAAUUAAUGAUGGAUCUUCCUGGAAGUGAAGUUGAUAAGGUUGAGGAAGCUGAAACAAGUGUAGGUGUGGAUGGCAAAACUGUGGAUUCUGAUAAAAUUCAGUCCGAUAUUGGGAAUGAAACAGUUCCUAAUGAUGUUGAAAUGCAUGAAGAUGUAGAUAACAGUAAAAGUUUAGAUGGAAAUUCAAACAAGGAAUCUGAUAGUGUGAUUGAAGAUCUUCCAGCGAAACAGGCACAGCCGUUCCUUAAAGUAAUCCAGGAUUUUUCAAAAAUAAAAGUCGGUCUCAGCUACACAGAGAAGGGUGACAGGGAACUGAUAGACCUGGCAAGAAAGACAGACCAGAAAUCUAAAAUAAACCUGCACAAAACUGGUGAAAGAAUACGUGACAGAGCAGGUUCUGUAAGCAUGGGAUCUUUGAACUCCAUCAUUGAGACAGCAAGUUGUGACGAUGAUGUUGAAAACGCUGAAACAAAUUUGAGUGGGAGAUCGCCGCAAGUGUCGGCGGAGACAAGCAAAGACGACUCUGACUCGGAGUCCAGUGAGUCGGAGGACGAUGCGGUGGGUGAAGAUGUGGCGGUAGCGAGCAGUGGACUGUUCCUCGUGACGGAGGCGGGCACUUCCAGAGGUACGAGUGGUGUGACGGACUUCUUCCAGAGGCUGACCAGCAAAGUUAGGAGGAGAAUGGAGAGGGCCAUGAAGCCCAAGAAAACUGGGAGCAACUUCUAUGCCAUGGCAAAUGUUAAGAACAGAAAUCGCAACAGAAAGAGAGAACGUUAGUCCAUUAUUUGUAAUGUUAUUGUAAAAAAAGUUAAGAAUACAAAGAUUGCCCCUGA